UACCCCGACCCCUCCCGAACACACACCACCCGUCUCGACGACGCUAAAACCCUAGGCAGCUGCGGGAGGCCGCCGCGCCCUGCCCGUCGCCGAUGUGGAGCGGCGCGCCGCCUCCGCCGCCGCCGCACAUGGCGGCGGCCCCGCCUCCCCCGGGCACGGCGGGGGCCGGGGCGGGCCAGCCCCCGCCCCCGCCGCCGCCGGCCGGGGCGCCGCAGGGCGCCAAGCCGCUGACGCCGGCGGAGCUGGAGGCGCAGCUGGUGGAGAAGGCCCGCAAGUGGCACCAGCUCAACUCCAAGCGCUACGGCGACAAGCGCAAGUUCGGGUUCGUCGAGGCGCAGAAGGAGGACAUGCCUCCUGAGCACGUCCGCAAAAUCAUCAGAGACCACGGAGACAUGUCCUCCAAGAAGUACAGGCAUGACAAACGUGUUUAUCUUGGAGCACUCAAAUUUGUGCCCCAUGCUGUCUAUAAACUACUGGAGAACAUGCCGAUGCCUUGGGAGCAGGUUCGGCAUGUGAAAGUCUUGUAUCACAUUACUGGGGCUAUCACUUUUGUAAAUGAAAUCCCAUGGGUUGUGGAACCCAUAUACCUUGCACAGUGGGGUACAAUGUGGAUCAUGAUGCGGAGAGAGAAGAGGGAUAGGCGACAUUUUAAACGAAUGCGCUUUCCUCCAUUUGAUGAUGAGGAACCUCCACUGGACUAUGCUGAUAAUCUGUUGGAUGUUGAACCCCUCGAGGCCAUUCAAUUGGAGUUGGACAGCGAAGAAGAUGCAGCUGUCUAUGAAUGGUUCUAUGAUCACAAGCCUCUUAUGAAGACCAAGCUUAUAAAUGGCCCCAGCUACAGGAAAUGGCAUCUAUCUCUUCCCAUAAUGGCAACAUUAUAUCGCCUUGCUGGCCAGCUGUUGUCAGACCUGAUUGAUAGGAAUUAUUUCUACUUGUUUGACAUGGAGUCUUUCUUUACUGCCAAGGCACUUAAUAUGUGCAUUCCAGGGGGUCCGAAGUUCGAGCCUCUGUACCGUGAUAUGGAGAAGGGUGAUGAGGACUGGAAUGAGUUUAAUGACAUAAAUAAACUCAUCAUACGUCAGCCACUUCGGACUGAGUACAGGAUUGCUUUCCCUCAUCUGUACAAUAACAGGCCAAGAAAAGUGAAACUUGGGGUCUAUCAUACCCCCAUGAUAAUGUAUAUCAAGACAGAGGAUCCAGAUUUGCCAGCAUUCUACUACGAUCCUCUGAUAAAUCCCAUCACUUCAACUAACAAGGUUGAUCGUCGGGAGAGGAAAGCAACUGAAGAGGACGAUGAUGAAGAUUUUUGUCUCCCAGAAGACGUGGAGCCUCUCUUGAAAAACACUGAACUCUACACUGAUACAACAGCUGCUGGUAUAUCCUUACUUUUUGCUCCAAAGCCUUUUAACAUGAGAUCUGGCAGAACACGUCGUGCUGAGGACAUUCCUCUUGUAUCAGAGUGGUACAAGGAGCAUUGCCCACCAGCUUAUCCUGUGAAAGUUCGUGUGAGUUACCAGAAGCUGUUGAAGUGUUAUGUACUCAAUGAGCUACACCAUAGGCCUCCCAAGGCUCAGAAAAAGAAGCACCUGUUCCGUUCACUCCAAGCUACAAAGUUUUUCCAAACUACUGAGCUUGACUGGGCAGAGGCAGGCUUGCAAGUUUGCAAGCAGGGUUACAACAUGCUGAACUUGUUGAUUCACAGGAAGAAUCUUAACUAUCUUCAUUUAGACUACAAUUUUAAUUUGAAACCCGUGAAGACUCUUACCACAAAGGAAAGGAAGAAAUCUCGUUUUGGAAAUGCAUUCCAUCUGUGUCGUGAGAUUUUACGACUUACUAAGUUGGUUGUUGAUGCUAACAUCCAGUUCCGUCUGGGAAAUGUUGAUGCUUUCCAGUUGGCAGAUGGUCUGCAAUACAUAUUCUCUCAUGUUGGCCAGUUAACUGGUAUGUAUAGGUACAAGUAUCGGUUGAUGAGGCAGAUUAGGAUGUGCAAAGAUCUGAAGCACUUGAUAUAUUACCGUUUCAACACUGGCCCUGUUGGAAAAGGACCUGGCUGUGGGUUCUGGGCUCCAAUGUGGAGAGUGUGGCUCUUCUUCCUUCGGGGUAUUGUCCCAUUAUUGGAGCGCUGGUUAGGUAACCUGUUGGCAAGGCAGUUUGAGGGUAGACAUUCAAAGGGAGUAGCCAAAACAGUAACAAAGCAACGUGUUGAGUCUCAUUUUGAUUUAGAGCUUCGUGCCGCAGUUAUGCACGAUGUUCUAGAUGCUAUGCCAGAGGGCAUCAAGCAAAACAAGGCCCGAACUAUACUGCAGCAUCUUAGUGAGGCAUGGCGAUGCUGGAAGGCAAAUAUCCCAUGGAAAGUCCCUGGUCUGCCUGUGCCUAUUGAGAACAUGAUUCUUCGUUAUGUGAAGUCAAAGGCAGAUUGGUGGACAAAUGUUGCUCACUACAACCGUGAGCGUAUCAGGCGUGGUGCUACAGUUGACAAGACUGUUUGUCGGAAGAAUCUUGGAAGGUUAACUCGUCUGUGGCUGAAGGCAGAACAAGAGAGACAACACAACUACUUGAAAGAUGGGCCAUAUGUAACUCCUGAGGAAGCUGUUGCUAUUUAUACAACAACAGUUCACUGGCUGGAAUCUAGAAAGUUCUCGCCAAUUCCUUUUCCGCCACUAUCAUACAAGCAUGACACCAAACUUCUUAUACUUGCACUGGAAAGGCUGAAGGAGUCAUACAGUGUAGCAGUUAGGUUGAACCAACUGCAACGGGAGGAACUUGGGUUGAUUGAACAAGCGUAUGAUAAUCCACAUGAAGCACUGUCAAGGAUAAAAAGGCAUCUUCUUACUCAGCGUGCUUUCAAAGAGGUUGGCAUAGAAUUCAUGGACUUGUACAGCUACUUGAUUCCAGUAUAUGAAAUCGAACCUCUUGAAAAAAUCACUGAUGCAUACCUUGACCAGUACUUGUGGUAUGAGGGGGAUAAACGCCAUCUCUUCCCAAAUUGGGUCAAGCCUGCUGAUUCAGAACCACCACCUCUGCUUGUUUAUAAAUGGUGCCAGGGCAUAAAUAAUUUACAGGAUAUUUGGGACACAAGUGAUGGACAGUGUGUUGUGAUGCUCCAGACAAAAUUUGAGAAGUUCUUUGAAAAAAUUGAUCUGACUCUGUUGAACAGGCUUCUUCGGUUGGUCUUAGAUCAUAACAUAGCUGAUUAUGUUACUGCAAAGAACAAUGUUGUGCUGUCUUACAAGGACAUGAGCCACACAAAUUCUUAUGGUCUCAUUAGAGGGCUUCAGUUCGCAUCUUUUGUUGUUCAGUAUUAUGGCCUUGUGCUGGAUCUCUUGAUUCUCGGUCUGACACGUGCAAGUGAGAUUGCUGGGCCACCUCAAAUGCCAAAUGAGUUCCUUACAUUUGCUGACACAAAAAUUGAGACAAGGCAUCCCAUCAGGUUGUAUUCUCGAUAUAUUGACAAGGUGCAUAUAUUGUUCCGCUUCACCCAUGAGGAAGCACGGGAUUUAAUUCAGCGUUACUUGACAGAACAUCCUGAUCCUAACAAUGAGAACAUGGUUGGUUACAAUAACAAGAAAUGUUGGCCUAGAGAUGCAAGGAUGAGGCUGAUGAAACAUGAUGUAAAUCUUGGAAGAAGUGUGUUCUGGGACAUGAAGAACCGCCUUCCGAGGAGCAUUACAACCUUAGAAUGGGAGAAUAGCUUUGUCUCUGUUUACAGCAAGGACAAUCCAAACUUACUUUUUAGUAUGUGUGGGUUUGAGGUCCGUAUACUGCCAAAGAUACGGAUGACUCAGGAGGCAUUCAGCAACACAAAGGAUGGAGUAUGGAAUUUGCAGAAUGAACAGACAAAAGAAAGGACAGCAAUUGCCUUCCUGAGAGUCGAUGAUGAGCAUAUGAAAGUGUUCGAGAACCGUGUCCGGCAGAUUCUAAUGUCAUCAGGGUCAACAACAUUCACCAAGAUAGUCAACAAGUGGAAUACUGCUCUCAUUGGCCUUAUGACAUAUUUUCGUGAAGCAACAGUCCAUACACAGGAGCUUCUGGAUUUACUUGUCAAAUGUGAAAACAAGAUCCAGACCCGUAUCAAAAUUGGCCUGAAUUCAAAGAUGCCUAGUAGGUUUCCUCCUGUUAUCUUCUAUACACCUAAAGAAAUUGGAGGUCUUGGUAUGUUGUCGAUGGGUCAUAUUCUUAUACCACAAAGCGAUCUUAGGUACAGUAAGCAGACAGAUGUUGGUGUAACACAUUUCCGAAGUGGUAUGAGCCAUGAAGAGGACCAGCUUAUUCCUAACUUGUAUCGCUACAUCCAGCCGUGGGAGAGUGAGUUUAUUGAUUCACAGCGUGUUUGGGCUGAAUAUGCUUUGAAGAGGCAGGAAGCACAGUCACAGAACAGACGGUUAACUCUUGAGGAUCUUGAAGACUCAUGGGAUAGAGGUAUACCUCGUAUCAACACUCUUUUCCAAAAGGACCGCCAUACACUAGCGUAUGACAAAGGAUGGAGAGUGAGAACAGAUUUUAAGCAAUAUCAAGUGCUGAAACAGAAUCCAUUCUGGUGGACACAUCAGCGACAUGAUGGGAAACUUUGGAACCUAAAUAACUACAGAACUGAUGUCAUUCAAGCACUUGGUGGUGUAGAAGGUAUUCUGGAGCAUACAUUAUUUAAAGGAACUUAUUUCCCUACUUGGGAGGGUCUCUUUUGGGAGAAGGCAUCAGGUUUCGAAGAGUCUAUGAAAUACAAGAAACUUACAAAUGCACAGCGUUCUGGGCUCAACCAAAUCCCCAAUAGAAGGUUUACCCUGUGGUGGUCACCAACCAUCAACCGUGCAAAUGUGUAUGUUGGUUUCCAGGUCCAGCUAGAUCUUACAGGGAUAUUCAUGCAUGGGAAAAUCCCGACAUUGAAGAUUUCUCUGAUCCAGAUCUUCCGUGCACAUCUGUGGCAGAAGAUCCAUGAAAGUGUUGUUAUGGAUCUUUGCCAAGUUUUGGAUCAAGAGUUGGAUGCUCUGGAGAUAGAGACUGUACAGAAAGAGACGAUACAUCCCAGGAAGAGUUACAAGAUGAACAGUUCCUGUGCAGAUGUCCUCCUUUUUGCUGCACACAGAUGGCAGAUGUCAAAGCCUAGCUUAGUUUCUGAGUCGAAGGAUCUCUUUGAUCAGAAAGCAAGUAACAAGUAUUGGAUUGAUGUGCAACUGCGUUGGGGAGAUUAUGAUUCACAUGACAUAGAACGUUAUACAAGAGCCAAGUUCAUGGAUUACACAACAGACAAUAUGUCCAUCUACCCGUCGCCAACUGGGGUGAUGAUUGGAAUUGAUCUAGCGUAUAAUCUGCACUCCGCUUUUGGCAACUGGUUCCCUGGGUCAAAGCCCCUACUUCAGCAAGCAAUGAACAAGAUCAUGAAGUCAAAUCCUGCUCUGUAUGUGCUGAGGGAGAGGAUAAGGAAGGGUCUGCAGUUGUACUCAUCUGAACCCACUGAACCGUACCUUUCGUCACAGAACUAUGGAGAGAUCUUCAGCAAUCAAAUCAUAUGGUUUGUGGAUGAUACAAAUGUGUAUCGAGUCACCAUUCACAAAACAUUUGAGGGUAACUUGACCACAAAACCCAUCAAUGGUGCUAUUUUCAUUUUCAAUCCAAGAACUGGUCAACUCUUUCUUAAGGUUAUCCACACAAGUGUAUGGGCGGGGCAAAAGCGUCUUGGACAGCUGGCCAAGUGGAAAACAGCUGAGGAAGUUGCUGCAUUAGUUCGAUCUCUUCCUGUAGAAGAGCAGCCAAAGCAAAUUAUUGUGACAAGGAAGGGUAUGUUGGAUCCUUUGGAGGUCCAUCUACUUGACUUCCCUAACAUUGUUAUCAAGGGCAGCGAACUGCAGCUUCCUUUCCAGGCUUGCUUAAAGAUUGAGAAGUUUGGUGACCUUAUUCUGAAGGCAACUGAACCACAGAUGGUCCUUUAUAAUAUAUAUGAUGAUUGGUUGAAAAGUAUCUCUUCAUACACAGCAUUCUCUCGUAUCGUACUUAUUCUACGGGCUCUACAUGUGAAUAACGAGAAGGCAAAGAUGUUGCUCAAACCUGAUAAAACAAUUGUUACCGAACCACAUCACAUAUGGCCAACUUUAAAUGAUGAACAGUGGUUGAAGGUUGAAUGCGCACUAAGGGACCUCAUUCUUUCUGAUUAUGCCAAGAAAAACAAUGUUAAUACUUCUGCAUUGACACAAUCUGAAAUCCGAGAUAUCAUACUUGGUGCGGAAAUUGCUCCACCAUCACAGCAGAGGCAACAGAUUGCCGAGAUUGAGAAACAGUCUCGAGAGACGACUCAGUUAACCGCUGUUACCACAAGGACGACGAAUGUACAUGGAGAUGAGCUCAUUAUCACGACAACAAGUCCAUAUGAGCAACAAGCAUUUGCAUCAAAGACUGAUUGGCGUGUCAGAGCAAUCUCUGCCACAAACUUGUAUCUUCGUGUCAAUCACAUUUAUGUCAACUCUGAUGAUAUAAAGGAGACUGGCUACACUUACAUUAUGCCAAAGAACAUAUUGAAGAAGUUCAUAUGCAUAGCAGAUCUGCGGACACAGAUUGCAGGAUUCUUGUAUGGGCUGAGUCCACAGGACAAUCCUCAAGUUAAAGAGAUCAGGUGUAUAGCCAUUCCUCCACAGCAUGGAACUCACCAGAUGGUGACUCUGCCAGCAAAUCUUCCUGAGCAUGAGUUCCUUAAUGACCUGGAACCAUUGGGAUGGAUGCAUACACAGCCGAAUGAAGCUCCACAGCUAUCACCACAGGAUCUGACAUCACAUGCAAAGAUUCUGGAGAGCAACAAACAAUGGGAUGGUGAGAAGUGUAUCAUCCUGACAUGCAGCUUCACUCCAGGAUCCUGCUCGUUGACUGCAUACAAGCUGACACCAAGCGGUUACGAGUGGGGACGCAGCAACAAGGACAAUGGGAGCAACCCUCAUGGAUACCUCCCAACUCAUUACGAGAAGGUCCAGAUGCUUCUGAGUGACCGCUUCCUUGGCUUCUACAUGGUUCCAGAUAACGCCCCUUGGAACUUCAACUUCAUGGGUGUGAAGCAUGACCCUCAGAUGAAGUACAAUAUGAAGCUGGGCAUGCCCCGGGACUUCUACCACGAGGACCACCGGCCAACACACUUCUUGGAGUUCAGCAACAUCGAGGAGGGUGAGGUCGCGGAAGGGGAUAGGGAGGAUACCUUCUCAUAGUCGCCAGGCCGAUACUCCCCCAUCCCAUGUUUAGCCCUGUAUCUGAGACGCACUUAGCUUUAUUUUGAACAGCGAUGUGUGAACCUGUAAGGUUGUAACCGGGGGUCAGGUAUCGUCUGUUAUUUACCUGUUGCAUUAGCCUGUAUUAUACCUUUUUGUUGUAAGACAGCCCUUGAGAAGAUGGGGUAGAAUUGUACAAGUGCUAGCGCACGCCAUGGUAACAGUAAAGAUUUUGGUUCGCAGCUAUGCUGAUAGUUCAGAACUUUACACGCAGACUGGUAAUUGCUUC